AUGACACAAAGCUCGCCCAUGUCCUUCCAUGAGGACAAGAUGGACAACCACGACAUCGAGUCGGGGUACGUCUCCGGCCAGGACGGCGAGGUCCCGGUCAAGCCCGCCUCUUCACCCCUCAUUUCCCUCAGCAAGCCCCAUGUCGAGUAUCUCAACGACCAGAUGGAGUCGAUGCACCCCAUGGACAUUCUCCGCUUCUGCAAGAUCAUGUUCCCCAACCUCUACCAGUCGACCGCCUUUGGCCUGACCGGCCUUGCCACCAUGGACAUGCUGUCCAAGAUCCAGGCCGAGAGCCCGAGCUCCCGCACCGUUGACCUCAUCUUCCUGGACACCCUGUACCACUUCAACGAGACCUAUGACCUGGUCGAUCGCGUCAAGGCUCGCUACCCCAACGUCCCCGUCCACGUCUUCAAGCCUGACGGUGCCGACACGCCUGAGGAGCUGGAGGCGACGUACGGCGAGAAGUUUUACCAUGCCGCCGGCGAAAUGUACGACUACAUCGUCAAGGUCGAGCCUCUGCAACGAGCAUACGACACGCUCAACGUGGCUGCCGUCCUCAACGGCCGCCGUCGCUCCCAGGGUGCCGCCCGUGGCUCCAUCCCCAUCAUCGAGCUCGACGAGGAGCGCAACAUCAUCAAGAUCAACCCGCUGGCCGCCUGGAGCUUCUCGCAGGUCAACGAGUACAUCAAGGAGAACAACGUUCCCUACAACGCCCUCCUCGACCAAGGAUACAAGUCGGUCGGCGACUGGCACUCGACCGUCCCCGUCAAGGACGGCGAGGACGAGCGCGCCGGCCGCUGGAAGGGCCAGGCCAAGACGGAGUGCGGCAUCCACAACAAGAAGUCGCGCUAUGCUCAGUUCCUCGGAGACAUGGAGGGUAGCGGCCAGCAGAUUUCCGUUUGA